AGAGAUGUACGCUUGAAAGAUAGAAUAUUAUAUAUGAGCAUCUCAGUUUGAAUGGUUUUGUGUCUGCAUCUCUUUGACCGUGUUGCUUUCUCUUCCAACUCUUCAUGGCCUCAUCAAUUCCUUCCAUGGAAUUCACCGCUUUAUCGUCCUCACUCCCACGGAACUACGAUGUACUCAUCAACUUUACUGGAGAAGACAUCCAUAGAAAAUUUGUUUCUCAUCUUGAUUCUGCUCUCUCUGCUGUUGGAUUCACCACUUUCCUUCAUCACCAGAAUGCAGUGAAGCCAAUGCACAUCCAAGAACCUAUUGUCAACCUCUGUCGGGUAGCAAUUGUUGUUUUUACCAAAACCUAUUCUGAGUCUGCUUGGUGUCUUCAUCAACUUCAACAAAUCGUGAAAUGGCACGAAACUUGUUGCCAACACGUUCUGCCUGUAUAUUACGAAAUUGCGCCAUCUGAUGUACGUCUUCAGCAAGGUGAUUUUGGAAAAGCCUUUAAAGCAACUGCACACCAAACAUUUUCAGAACAAGAACUGGAGCAUGGCAUGUCCAGGUGGAGCCACGCACUCACCAAAGUUGCAAAUUGCUUUGGAUGGGAUGAGAGCAAUUACAGGAGCGAUGCUGAAGUAGUGAACAAAAUUGUUAAGAGCCUUCUUAAUUUAUCAGUCUUCUCUGCUACUAAAUUUCCAGUUGGAUUACAAUCCCGCGUGGAAAAUGUGAUUCGAACUAUCAAAAGUAAAUCCACAAAAGUUUGUAUAAUAGGGAUAUGUGGAAAGGGAGGAUCUGGUAAAACCACUCUUGCCAAAGCCAUCUACAAUCAAAUUCAAAUUACAUUCAGGGACAAAAGUUUCAUUGAAGAUAUUACACGAGUUAGCGGAAUAAGAGGGACUCUUCCUUUACAAGAACAACUUCUUUUAGAUGUCCUCAAAACAAGGGUGGAGAUACCGAGCCUUGAUAUGGGAAGUAGAAUGAUUCAGGAAAGACUUUCUGGGAAAAAGGUGCUCAUUGUACUUGAUGAUGUGCCUGAAUUUUGUAAACUUUUAGACCUACUGAAAUGUCGUAAUUGGUUUAGUGGAGGAACUGUAAUAAUCGUGACAGCAGAAGAUUUAGAGCUACUGGAAAAACAUCGAGUUGAUUAUGUUUUUCGGAUGAAGCCAAUGAAUGACAAUGAGUCCCUUGAGCUUCUUAGUUGGCACGCACUUAGAGAAGCAAAACCAAAACAAAAAGAACACGAUUACCUUGCAAGAAGAAUAGCUAUUUAUUGUCUACGACUACCUCUAAUCCUUGAAGUCAUUGGAAGUAAUUUAUUUGAAAGAACGAAAGAAGAAUGGUAUGGGGUAUUACGUGAUUUAGAAAAAAUUGGCUCACCCUCUGUUGAAAAUAAAUUGAACAUAUGCUUCAAAGGUUUACAGAAUCAAAUGGUAAAAGAUUUAUUCCUUUAUGUAUCUCGUUUCUUUGUUGGCAAGGGCAGAAACUAUGCUACGAAGAUCCUAAAUGGUUGUCAAAUAGACGUUGAUAUUGGAAUAAGAGUUCUCUUGGAGCGUAACCUCUUAAAAGUCACGAAGAACAACAAAUUUGGAAUGCAUCCUUUGCUACAAGAAAUGGGAUUAACAAUUAUUCGAGAAAUUUCAGAAAAGGAUCCUUCGAAGAACAGGCCAUGGUUGUUUGAUAAGGAUACAAAAUAUGGGACAAAAGCCACGCAAUUGUUGCUUCAGAAACUGGAUCAAGUCGAAAUGUCGUUAAAUCCAGAGUACCUGUUACAGAAACUGAGAUGGAUCAGUCCGUAUGGGUUUUAUUCAGAAUACCUUGAUAACAAAUUUUGUGCAGAUGAUGCAAUAGCAUUUGAUCAGUUCGCACCCCAGGUUUUGAGGUCGCUAAAAGUCCUUAACCUCAGUCACUCCAACUAUCUAACAACAACCCCUGACUUUACCAGACUACCAUGUCUUGAACAGCUUAUUCUGAAAUGUUGUCGAAGAUUACGCAAAGUACACCAAUCUAUUGGAUGUCUCUGCAAUCUUUUACUGCUAGAUUUGAAGGACUGUACAAGUCUAAGCAAUCUCCCGAAAGAGAUAUAUAAGUUGAAAUCUUUAAGAACACUGAAUCUUUCUGGUUGUUCGAAGAUUGACCUAAUGGAUAAAGAUAUAGCACAGUUGGAAUCCCUGACAAUUCUAAUCGCUGAAAAUACAACUGUCAAACAUGUUCCUUUUUCAGUUAUAAGCUCAAAAAGCAUUGGAUAUAUAUGCCUACGUCGAUUUGAGGGAUUGUCUCAUAAUCUUUUUCCUUCUAUCAUUCGCUCUUGGAUGUCACAAAAUAUGAAUCUCAUAUCUUACAUGCAUUUGUUUUGCAUGGAUAAGGAGGAUAAUAGUUGGGAUGAUAUUGUGCCAUCAGUUAGUAGUAGCCUUAGAAAUCUUCGAAGUGUUUUGGUACAAUGUAACACCGAGUUUCAACUAUCUAAACAAGUAAAAAGUAUUCUGGUUGAAUAUUUUGCAAAUACUACAGAAUCAGGAAUUUCAAAGCAUCGCGUAAGGUCUUCUUUGAUUGGUGUUGGAAGAUGCAAUGAAUUCUUCAACAGUGUCAGCUAUAGCAUAUCUGAGGUACUGAGAAGCAGUGAGUGGUGUGAAGUUUCUCUCCCAACUGUCAAUGAUCCUUGUUGUUUGGCCCAUAUGGGUGAGGGACACUCUGUUUCUUUCAUUAUGCCUCAAGAUCGUGACAUGAAGGGAAUGGCUUUGUGUGUUGUUUAUUUAUCAACUCCUGAAGUCAUUGAACCUGAAUUUACUACUAUCUUAAUUGUUAAUCACACAAAGUGUACAUUCCAUAUACACAACCUUGACACAAUAAUUUGCUUUAAUGAUGAGGAUUGGAAUGGUAUAAGGUCAAAUUUAGGAUGUGGAGACAGGGUGGAGAUGUUUGUGAGUUUUGGUAAUGGAUUGGUGGUCAAGAAGACUGCGGUGUAUCUGAUAUGUGGUGAAUCAAAGAACAUGGAAAAAGCGUCUGAGCCAAAGAAACAUUCUCUCACCAGAUUCAUAAAGAAAGUUGUAAUGUGACUUCUAGUAAGUCAUUUAUUUUCUGUGACAACAGCAGGAUCACUUUAGUGAUGGAAAUAAGUGUUUUCGAUUCCUAGUUAUCUUUCCCAUACUUUCCUUCUUUUUCUUUAGUGUAUGGGUUACAGUUAAGAAAUUCACGUUUAUUUUA